GUUUACUUUGAAGUUUGUUUCGUUACGGGUCGGCGUCGGUUCCUGAUUUUGGAACCACAAUUUAAAAAAAUAUUUUAUUAGUUCAAAAAUUAGGGAAAAAUCAAAAUGAUGUCGUUUCGGCAAAUCGUGUGUUUUAUUCUGUCGCUUUUAUCGUUUAUUUCGGUAUUUUAUUCGGUAGGCCGAUUGGCUUUAUUUUUGGCCGCGCCCGUGCAGAGGAAUUCCAAAGAUGUCCUGCUUCAGAAUCUGCUUGACGAUCAAUCUUUACUAAAAGUUACGCUUUUUUCGCUGCUUUUUAACGCAAUUUGGAUAGUUUUGUUUGUGCUGCAGCACAGCUUCAUGAAAACGGAAGCGGUGAAAAAUGUGUGGCGGAAGCUGGGCCUCGAACUGGCGGAACGAAGCAUCUACAACAUCUGUUCGGCGUAUUGCUUGCUGAUUCUGCUUAAAAAUUGGAAAACCACUCAAUCGUACCAACUGUGGUUUGUAGACGUUCAAUCCAGUUCCACGCUUUGGUGGACAUUCGUCGCCGCUCACAUCCUCUCCUGGGUCGUUGUCUACGCCGGAAGUUUGCUGAUGGAUUUGCCGGAAAUGAUUGGGCUUAAACAGAUCUACUACGACGUGAACGAUCUUGCACCUCCGAUGAGCUACAAAUCGCGCGAACUCCGCAGUUUAUACAACCGUAUGCGCCAUCCUUCCUUCGUGGGAUUAUCCGUAGUUCUGUGGAUUACCAAUUGUAUGAGUCUUGAUCGUCUUUUGCUCGCCGUUAUUUGGACCGCCUACAUGUAUUUGUCUUGGAAUACAAACAGAACAGACUUGGAAUACCAAAAAUACCAGCUCUCUAGAAAGAAGGUCGAAUUGGCCGGAGUUAGCGAGUGAAAUAUUGUGUGCCUCUUGAAUAAAUAUUUACUUAUUUAUUUA